AUGAAGCUUCCAGCAAUUGUAAAGCAUGGCACCAUUUUCUGCACCACCGGCUCCCAUAAGGCGUCGGCAAUUUUCCUCGACAAUGAACUUGUUAUCACCUCGGGGUUAAUUUUGAGUGAUAAUGAGAGCCACGCAGAGACGCUGAACAAUGCCGUCAAAAACAGUCCCAUUGUGGAAUGUAACAAAUCCGGCGAACUGAGGCAGAUCUUUGAGCUGGAUUUUCGCAUUGUUUGCAAGCACGACAACGUGUUGCAAGAACGAGCUGCACGCGCCUGUUACUUAGUACACUCUCGCCGGGUGAAAGAGUGUAUGGAAAAAAUGCUAGAAGGUUUGCACGUGUGCAUCAAUGGCGACCUGAAGCCUGUCCGGUUGUAUGCUAGCCUUUUUGCUAGCAUCUUCAUCAUGACUACAAAUCUGAGCGAACCUAUUUCGCUGGAUCAGAUUAAAGUGGUGUUCGAAAGUUUGCAAUCACCCGGCAGGGAAAUGCUUAAACUGCUGGAUAAAGUGGUAACGGUGUCCACUCCCUUUGGAGAUGAAUCGUUCUUCAACACGUUUCAUGUAGGACAUGUUUCCAACAUUUUCGGUGAACAAGACUGUUUGCUACUGCUCGACACACAUCUCAGCUCUGGCUGCCAAGGUGGAGCAGUUUACAGUUCCAACAGGAAAAUUCAAGGUAUCCUGAUCGGUUCCACCUUCGUGUAUCGCAAUGAAAACGUAAGCUUUCCGUUGGCGAUCAAUAUGGAUGAAAUUUUGAGCAUAGUUUUAAACAGAAGAAAUCUUUGCCAAAGCUUAGCAAUGACACUGCCUAUGCCAGCGUUCCGAUCAGUGUGCAUGAUUGAUUCCCAAGGAUGUUGGGGCACCGGAUGUGCGUUCGAACUAAACGAUAAACGUUACAUUAUUUCCUGCUCGCACGUGCUUGUAACGGACAACAUUACAUGCGUGUUUGAGGAUGGAAAAAUAAUGCACCCGAAACUUAUCUACAAAAAUCCCAUCUUCGAUACUGCUUACGAUAUUGCACUGAUGGAAGCCUCCUUUGAAGAGGCGCAACCGUCAAACUGGUUCUGUCAAUUGGCAAACUACAUUCCACGCAUUGGUCAGCGGUUGUAUGCUGUCGGCUUUCCCGUGUUUAAAUCGUUGGCCAGCAAGUCAAACUUUAAGCCAACCAUCAUCCCGGGCCAUGCCACAAAGUACAGUGAGGGAAUACUAUUCACGGAUUGUUCCAUUCAGUGUGGGCAAAGUGGUGGUCCAAUUUUCGAUGAGAAUGGUUUAUUGAUAGCGAUCGCUGUUUCAAACUUCAAAAGUUCUGUAGAUAAUUUAAUCUACAAUUGCCAUAACAUGUGCGUUCCGGUGAAAGAUAUUUACAGCAUUUUGGAACACUAUUCAAAAACCUGUGAUAAAUCAUCACUCGCAAACUUGCAGGCUGAUUGGAAUGUGCGAUCGAAAUGGAAGCUGAAGAGUCCUGUUAUUUUAAAUAAGCUAUAGCGACACAA